AUGAGGUGCAAGAUCUUGAUCAACAAGAGGAUGCACCUGAGAAACAUUGCUGAGAUGGUUGAUAUGCAUGAACCCAACAAUUAUAGAGAAGUUAUUUCUUAUUCAGAUGCAGAUCAGUGGGUCUGUGACAUGUCACCAAAAAUAAAUGAAGAGAUGGAGCUCAUGUCUAGUGUUCCCUAUUCGAGUGCUAUUUGUAACAUCAUGUAUGCUAUGGGUACUACAGAUGUUGGUCUAACAUUUGAUAGGGCCAAGAUGAAUGAUUCAGUUGUUGGCUAUGUGGAUUCAGAUUUUACAAGGAACUUAGAUAAGAGGAGAUCUUUGAUAGGUUAUUUGUUUACUAUCUCUGGAAGUGCUAUUAAUUGGAAGGCAACAUUGCAAGCUACAGUUGCUUUAUCUACCAUAGAGGCUGAAUAUACGACUUUAGCAAAGGUUGUAAAGGAAGCUUGA